AUGGCUACAAGACGUGCGUACAACGGUGUGCUUACUCCGCGGCAACUUAAACGUAAAAUUUAUGGAAAUACCGCCGUGGUUUGUAUUAAGGGUAAGGGUAAUAUGCCUGAUAUAACGUACACAUCUAACGAAGGACAAAAUAAAUUAUUUCGCAGGUCGAACAAGUCUGGCAUAGUGAAUAGGGAUGGAACAAAUACUGACGAAUCGUUACGGGAUGCUGGCAAUGACGGUUCUCCUGAAUUCCAUCUGCCCGCUGCACGAGAGUCACGUACACCAGUCAAGAGAAUUUUAAUGUCGACACAGUCUUGUCCGGCCGACAUCGAAGGAAGUGAGCUACGGACGUACUCGAUAAUAAAUAGUAGUAACCGCCAAAAUGACCGAGGGGAUUCAAGGGCCAGGGUGAAAUCCGCUCGGAAAAGAACUGCUCGAACGCGGGGGCGGGAAAGACCGACGUUGUUCUCAAGGUUUUCUGAGGAAGCCAAAGAAGUGAUGAAGGAGAUUCGUGAGGAGAUGGAGAAGGAGAAGUUGGAAAACAGUACACAUAUAUCUGACAUUUUGGAUACACCUCGUGACAAUCACUUAUUAAAAGACGAGUUUGACUCAUUGGAUGAAAUAGACAAUAACAUUACUCGGGAAAAAUAUGCAGACGAAGACGAUCAAGGAAUUACAAACAGUUCUACAAAGCCACACAAAGUGCACAAAGUAUCCAUAGUAAGCAGCACCGGUAGUGCUACGAACAGUACUAUGACGACUGAAUCGCGAUCAGCUACGACAUUCACAGACAGUGAACGUGAUAUGAGUAACGGGGACGAUAUGGUGUCGACUCCGCCAGAUUCAACGAGACCAAGUUCCAGUAGUCGUACAAGUCUAAUGAACGACGCAAUUCUGGAGGACGAAGAGUACUCUUUAAAUUUUGAUGUUCGAAGGAACAAAUUUAGUGCCUUGCCGGCUACACCCCUUGUUGCGCCAAGGACACGGACACGACCAAAAACGUACCGCAAAUACCAAAAUCGAACUAUCAAUAAUAAUAGUCUUAAUAACAACAUCAGACUCUAUGGCAGGCGCAAUCAACAAAACAGAAUGCUGCAGAACCCCGGGGAAUACACGGAAAGGAGAGCAUACCGGAAAACUCCGCCCAUACCAAUACAUGUGAUGAAUAAAAUCAAACAGGUGAAUGCCGAGCACGCUGAGAAUACUUUGCUACCGUCUCCUUCCCAUUCCCCAGAACCGCCUCCACCACCACCCAGACUAUACAAGGAACGUUCUUUUCAAGUCACUGGACCCGCUUACGACAUUCGUUACCAGCAGCCACUUUAUUACAACUACCACAAGAAACUCGACCCAAUGGAGAAAAAACUACAAUCGGAGUCGGUGGAGAAAUGCCGUGCAUGGUUGAACAAAUGGGUAAUAUCUGAAUGACGUCAUUCUACAAUAGAUGUACCCAAGAUUUACUGGAAUGAUAGUUUUAUACAGACGGCAUGGCUGUCCUCUGGUCCUGUGGUUCAGUAAAUCAAUUCUUUAAUAUAUAUACACACAAGACUGGACAAGUCUCUGGCGUAUACCUGCUGGAACGUUGAGUUGACAGUGUCGUAGACACCUGUUGAUCAAAACUAAUCAGGUGCACUCAGCUUGUUUUGGAAAUUACACAAUACCGCUUUCCAACGUGACAACUCACACCUUAGAAGCUCAAAGAACAGUUUUACAAAUUGUUUCUCAAAGUAACUAUAGAGUUGACAAUUAAUUUUAACAAUCAGACAUUUUUUUCAUUGUAACAUCCUAGUACAUCGUUA